UGACAGUGGGACCAUAUGCUAAUAGUAUAGUAAGCAACUAUUGUAUAAAUUGACUAUUAAAUUGGCUAUAGAUAAAUUGGAGCUAGUAGUUGGCUAUACUGUUAACCUUGCUCUAAAGGGGCACUGCCACUGUUAAAAGUUCUAACGUGUCCAUGCCUCUACCCUGGCAGCCUCGCCCUGGAAACGCCCCUUAUAUAACGCCUCCCCAGGCUUCUACUCCUUUUCAACCUGUCUUUGUCUCCCUCCGCCUUUGCCCCGCCUUCCCUGCCCUUUUCUCUUGCUGAGCCGCUUCUGCAUUGGCUUGUGAUGAUGGGGGCCACUUCUCCGUCAGGCCUGGAGCUCACCAUGGCUGUCCCCGGCCUCAGCUCCUCUGGUUCAGAAGGGGCCGGUUGCAACAACAACAACGCCGGUGGCGGCUGCAACAUGAGGGACCUGGACAUCAACCAGCCGGCGAGCGGCGGCGAGGAGGAGGAGUUCCCGAUGGGCAGCGUGGAGGAGGACGAGGAGGAGAGGGGCGUCGGUGGGCCCCACCGCCCCAAGAAGCUCCGCCUCUCCAAGGAGCAGUCCCGCCUCCUCGAGGAGAGCUUCCGCCUCAACCAUACCCUCACGCCGAAGCAAAAGGAGGCCUUGGCGAUCAAACUGAAGCUGCGGCCGAGGCAGGUGGAGGUCUGGUUUCAGAACCGUAGGGCAAGGACGAAGCUGAAGCAGACGGAGAUGGAGUGCGAGUACCUGAAGCGCUGCUUCGGGUCGCUGACGGAGGAGAACCGCCGGCUGCAGCGGGAGGUGGAGGAGCUGCGGGCGAUGCGGGUGGCCCCGCCCACGGUGCUCUCGCCGCACACCAGGCAGCCGCUCCCGGCGUCCGCGCUCACCAUGUGCCCCCGCUGCGAGCGCAUCACCGCCGCCACCGGCCCGCCUGCCGUGCGCCCGCCGCCGUCGUCAGCCGCCGCCGCCGCCCCCUCGCCCUUCCACCCUCGCCGCCCCUCUGCGGCCUUCUAGGCCCAAGGUCUCGCAUCCUAAAGGCCACAAAAAGAUGGGCCUCGCCGUCCCGUGUAAAUUGAAGGAGACGACGCAGCGGUAGAGGGCCCCGUGUUGGCGUUGUUGCGUUGGGUCCAGUCGUCUCAGAGGAGUCAGAGGCGUGGACAAAAUGUUUGUUGCAUUGUUUGUGUUCCAUUGGUCGUUGAUCUUAGCUUGAUGAUCUGUGAUUCGCGCCUUGCUCGUCUAGGUUUCUCUUGGGCCGACGCAUGAUCUUUUUUCCCCGUGUCGGACCGUAUUGGGCCUUUUGAGAUCGACGGGCCCCCUCCUUGUUUCGCAUGUGGACAUGUUAUUUCGUCCUUUUGGGCCAACAAUUCAGCACGGUGGCCAACGGUGCGUAGUUCGUCGUCGUUUUCUUUC